AUGAAAUCCAUCCAUUCUGCGUCGUGCUCACCACAACUUUUUGGUAUUCGUUCGGAGUCCUUGAUAAAACCUUUCGCUAACCAUAACAGAGAUUAUUCUGGCUCUGCCUCCUCUCCCGCCUCCGCCUCCGCCUCUGUCUCUAUCUCUGUCUCUGUCUCUGUCUCUGUCUCUGCCUCUACCUCUCCCUCCGACUCCAACAGCGACUCUGACUCUGACUCCAAAGAGGCCAAGUGUAACGAGGCCAAAAAGGAUGUGAAAGGCCCGAGAUUUAAGGACCUAGGUGGAAUGAAGAAGGUGCUAGAGCACCAGGCUGUGGGAAGACCCAACUGGCUCACGCCAUUGCCAAUGAAACCGGCUUUUCCUUUCAUAACGUUUCUGCCCCAAGCCUCAUCAAUAGUUACUAUGAGAUCGCACAAUGUUCUUGUAAUAGCAGCUACCAAUGGACCGGAUGCUCUUGACCCCGCUCUGAGGAGGUCCGGGCGAUUUGAUCUUGAGAUUUCUUUCGACGUUCCAGAUGAAAGUGACAGGGUUGAGAUUCUUAAGGUGGUUACGAGCAAUUUAUGCCUUGAAGGUCCUCUUGAUCUUGUUAAAAUAGCUCGGUCUACAUCAGGGUAUGUUGGAGCUGAUUUGAGAGCUGUGGCUGACAGAGCUUCUGAUAUUGCCAGGAAAAGGAUACUAGCAGAGAGAUAUCCUAAUAUGUCCAUUGCUUCUAUGAACGAGGCGAAUUACAAUGAAGAUUGA